AUGCAGGUGGCACUGAUCUUGACGGUCAUCCUUCUGGUGCCUCGCUCAUCGCCGUUGCACGUGGAGCGCGUUCACACGCUGAAAGAGCUUCGCCACACCGGUCCGGCUGUGGUUACAAAGUACGCCAUCGUUUUUGACGCUGGAAGCACGGGGAGCCGCAUCCACGUUUUUAAAUUCGAGCAACAGGAUGGGCAACUCAAGCUUAUCAGUGAUACUUUUGAGCAGCUCAAGCCGGGUCUCAGUUCCUACGCGGAUGACCCUGCUAAGGCGGCUGCGUCACUCCAACCGCUUUUGGAUACUGCUUUGAAAACAGUACCGGCAGGUGUCCAAGGGUCUACACCUAUCUCCCUCAAGGCCACUGCUGGCUUGCGACUGCUUCCUGGGGACAAGGCAGAACGGAUCCUGCAAGCAGUUGAGGAUCUACUGAAGAAGCAGCCUUUCAAGCUCGCACCUGGCGGGGUGUCUAUUAUGGAUGGCAAGGACGAGGGCGCUUUUGCAUGGCUCACGCUGAACUACCUGCUUGGGCGUUUGUCGGGAACCGUGAGCACCACAGUUGCUGCCAUUGACAUGGGAGGCGGCUCCAUACAGGAGGCUUUUGCUCUGGAGGAGACGGACGCACAAGCAGCUCCAAAGGACUACGUGGUGCAGCUUCACGGUGGCGGCAAGACCUUCAACGUGUAUGUUCACUCUUACCUGGGUUAUGGCCUUAUGGCCGGUCGCGCCAAGCUCAUUGAAGCGUCGCAAUCGUCGGACAACGCGGCAGGGGCCAGCGAAUGCUUUGCUUCGGGGGCGUCUGGCGCGUACUCCUACGCCGGCAAGGAGUAUUCAUAUGCGCCCCGCGGUGGCAAGGGAGAUGCGGGCAAGUGCUCAUACCUGGGCGAAGUGGCUUUGCAGGCGAACUUAACUUGUGGCGCGGAGCAGAUUCAGUGCUCGUUCAACGGUGCAUGGAGGGGCAACGGCCUGAGCAAGGGCCGCCAGUAUUACGUCUCGUCUUACUUCUGGGACAGAGCCUUCGAGACAGGCAUUAUCAAGGAGCAGGACGCCAUCAUGUGGCCCACAUCGCCAAGGGAGUUCAGGGCUAAGGCGGCAGAGGUGUGUAGCCUCAGUACCGACGCAAUCACCAAGACGUUUCCGAAAGUGCAGGGCGACGCAGCCAAUUUCUUGUGCUUGGACCUUACCUAUUGUGAUGUCAUGCUCACAAAGGGCUUCAAAGUGGAUCUCGGAACGUCGGUGACGCUGGUUAAGCAAGUCCUUUAUAACGGCCAGCAUAUCGAAGCUGCAUGGCCUCUCGGGGCGGCUGUCAAUGAUCUCUCUGCAUAAGGGAGGCAGUCCCACCAAUUUUGUGAUUGCCCCGGUGAUUAACGUGAGGGGUAUGUGUUUGCAGCUAGCAGACUUGUGGGUUACGGGCGGGACCUGAGAUUGAGGCCUGCCACAUUAUUUGGUGACCAACUACAUUCUUUCCUUGGCUAGGUGCAAAAGGGACGGGGGAUAUGCGUGACAUUCAGACGAUACGCCUGGUCGUGGAAGUUCACCAGACGGUUGGUGUCAGCCAACGCAGUUGUGCGUUUUGCUUAUUGCACGUGAGCUUUUCAUGCGUUAGAUUCUUUCAAAUGCUAUUCGCGCUUUAUGAAUUGCAGUGAUAGAACCCCUGUGAGUCGCCGGACAGAACUUGGCCUGAUUGUAACAUUACGGUGAAACCACUUGUAACAGACUAUAUAG